AUGGAGUCGCGGAUGGAUCAGUAUGAGAUCAUGGAGCAGAUCGGUCGUGGAGCGUUCGGUGCUGCCAUUCUAGUUCAUCACAAAGCCGAGAAAAAGAAGUAUGUUCUGAAGAAGAUCAGAUUAGCUAGGCAAACGGAACGCUGCCGGAGAUCUGCUCAUCAAGAGAUGGCUUUAAUUGCACGAGUUCAACAUCCUUACAUUGUGGAAUUUAAAGAAGCCUGGGUUGAGAAAGGUUGCUAUGUUUGUAUUGUCACUGGAUACUGUGAAGGAGGAGACAUGGCUGAGCUUAUGAAAAAGUCAAAUGGUGUGUAUUUUCCUGAGGAGAAACUCUGCAAGUGGUUUACUCAAUUGUUAUUAGCUGUUGAGUAUCUACAUUCUAACUAUGUUCUACAUCGUGAUCUAAAGUGUUCCAACAUUUUCCUUACAAAAGAUCAAGACGUCCGCCUUGGGGACUUUGGUCUUGCCAAAACUUUGAAGGCGGAUGACCUAACUUCCUCGGUUGUUGGAACUCCAAACUACAUGUGCCCGGAACUGCUUGCUGAUAUCCCUUAUGGUUUUAAAUCUGAUAUCUGGUCGCUAGGCUGCUGUAUAUAUGAGAUGGCUGCGUAUCGGCCUGCUUUCAAAGCUUUUGAUAUGGCAGGGCUUAUAAGCAAGGUUAAUCGCUCCUCAAUUGGUCCAUUGCCUUCGUGCUAUUCACCAUCUUUAAAAUCACUCAUCAAGGGGAUGUUAAGGAAGAACCCCGAGUAUCGGCCAAGUGCCUCCGACAUUUUGAAGCAUCCUUAUUUGCAGCCAUAUGUUGAGCAAUACCGUCCAGCUAUUUCUGCGUCUAUAACUCCAGAAAAGCCUCUUAAUUCUCGUGAGGGCCGGAGGAGUAUGGCUGAAAGCCAGAACAGCAAUAGCUCAAGCGAAAAAGAUAACUUCUAUGUGGGUGACAAAAAUAUCCAAUCUAUGGUUCCAAGUAAUGGUAAUAAAGCCACUGAGACCGAUUCAGUUUCUGUCGAUGAUGAAGACGUCCUCGACCAUAUGCAACAACCAGCUGAAAAUGUCCACAGUGUUUUAACAACAAAAACAGAUAGCCAUGGGAUUUUAAAGCCCUCACACAGUGACCAGCGACCAGACAUUAUUCAACCAAGGCAUCCAAAAACUAUCCGAAACAUCAUGAUGGUUUUGAAAGAAGAGAAAGCUAGAGAGAAUGGUUCACCCAUGAGAGCUAAUCGAGGGAGAACGUCUGCUGUUCCUACACAGAAAAAUAAUACUGAAACUCCUUCAAAGAUUCCCAAACUUGGUGACAUUGCUCAUAGCUCCAAGAGUAACUCAAAUACACCUAUCCCGCUGUCAAAAAUAGCUUCUGAUUUUGCAAGGACUCCAGGUUCAAUACCACCAAAGCAUCACAUACCAGUGAUUGACUCUUCUCCAAAACUUAAGCCUAGAAACGAUAGAAUCCCCCUUGCUCCUGCUGCUAAACACGAGGCCGAAGAGGCAAUGUCAGUUAAGCGAAGGCAAAGAACACCACCUACUUUACCAAGGAGAAUGUCUUUGAUAGCUCAGCAGUCAAGACAAUUAGGAGCCGAUAUCCCAAAUAUGGUGGCCAAGGACACCACGAACCUAUAUCCGUGUGUGCCAUCAGAGCCUGAAACUAAUUCUCAUCAGUGUCACGUCCAUGCUUCCACUGUAAUUACGCCAGAGCCAAAAAGAACCUCUGUCGGAUCUUCCAGAGGAAUGCAGAGUGAAAGCAGCAACAACUCUAUCUCGUCUUCGUUGUCCAUGCAGGCAUUUGAGCUCUGUGAUGAUGCUUCCACCCCAUAUAUCGACAUGAUAGAACAUACUACUCCUGAUGACCACCGAAGAUCCUGUCACAGUGAGUACUCGUCUUCAUUUCCAGAAAUCUCUUCGGAGAUGAUGAUCCGCAGAGAUGAACACAACACCAGUAUGCGGCUUACUGAAAUUCCCCACACUCUUUCCGAUGUUCAAAGCAACAUUUCCCAUCACCAGUCAGAAGGAAGCUCUCCUACUGUGCCUAAAGGGGGUAGCGCUGCAACAAUACCAAGCUACGAGCUAAAUGCAUCGCAACGACAACACGGUGAUGACAUAUUCACAGUCAAAGAAUUUGUUUCCUCUGUUCCCGAAGCAACACCAAUGCCUUUGCCUGUUGGACCGUCACACCAAGUGAAUUCUCACUCUGAAGACAAAAGAACCGUUGUGUCUCAGAACUCAGCUCUUGAGGAGAACAACAAUCAAGUUGCUGACGAUGUCAUACAUGCUAUCCGCCACAGCAGUUUCCGAGUAGGGAGUGACCAGCCAGUCAUGGAAAGUGUUGAAGUUGGUGUGCAGAACGUUGAUGUCGGAAAACUCAUAAACGUUGUGAGAGAUGAAAUGGAAGUCAGAAAAGUAGCCACUCCCUCUGAACCAACCACCAUGAGAUCGAUCAACUCAGAGUCUCCUGACUCAAGAACCGAGACCCGUCCUGAUGAACCUGACCCCAUCACCAAUUACUCAGAAACAAAGAGCUUUAACUCAUGCUCUGAUUCGUCUCCAGCUGAGACCAGACCCAACUCAUUCAUGCCUGAAGAGGAAACAACUCCGGCUCCAGCUGUGAAAGAAACGUUGGACAUCAAGUCAUUCAGACAGAGAGCAGAGGCGCUUGAAGGCCUCUUGGAACUAUCCGCGGAUUUGCUGGAACAGAGCAGGCUCGAAGAGCUAGCCAUCGUGUUGCAGCCGUUUGGGAAAAACAAAGUUUCGCCCAGAGAAACCGCAAUUUGGUUGGCAAAGAGUUUGAAAGGAAUGAUGAUCGAAGACAUCAAUAAUAACAACAGUGGCUGCUCCAGGAAUUGCUAA